AAUAUAAUAUAAGCAUAUUAGAAAGAUAAAAUUCAAUCAUUCAUGAUUAAUUUUCUUAAACAAUCACCCGUUUAUUAUUAGUUUAUUUGGAAUGUAUGCAUCUACUGUUGUGAUAAGAUAAAAAGAAUUUGCCUUUGAAUAAUAGCUCCAAAAAAGGGGAUCAGAAUCAGAUCAUGAGAGAGAGAAGCAUGUCACUGAUCCAGUUCAGUACAUAUAUAUAUAUACACCCAGCUUUAUUUGACUCUUUUCUGUGUGCAACAGUCUCCCAGAACUGAAGGUAGUUUGCAGCCAAAAGAUUAUAGCACAGCAGGAGGAAGAUAAAGGAUAUGGAAAAUAAGUUAAAGCGAAAGGGGUAUAAAAAAAUCCAAUCUUUUUCUCUCUCUAACUUUCCUUUUGGUUUAUUCCUCAAUUUUAUCUUUCUUUCUCUCUCUUCAUGUUUUAUCAUAUGUCAGAUAUUAAUGCGUCCUGCAGAUUCCAGUGAUUUGCAACUUGGGUUCUGGCUUUUUCAAACCCAGCUGUCCUAUUUGUGGUAAAGCUAUUGUUGGGAUGGGACCAAUUGUGACCCAUCUUGCACUUCUUUGUGGUAUCUAAGGAUAACCAUCAAUGUCAUUUAUGAUUUCUAAGUUCUGCUCUUAAUAUAUUCUUACCCAGUUUGGUUUUUCUUUAUUAAAUCUGAUUUUGUUUUCUUAUUUUACCUUUUCUUUUUCCUUAAUAUCUUGAUUCUCUCUAUCUGCCUUUAUUAGGCUAAUUAUUGAUUUCACUUUAUAAUCUUUCAAUUAGGCUAAAAAUAAUUCAAAAUCAUAAUGAAAUGUUUUGAAAUAUGUAAGAUUAUUUUUACCUAAAAUUUGAAGAAAUAACCGAUACAAAAAUAAUAAGCCUUUCACAGUUAGAAUUAGGUUUUUACUUGACUGUGAAUUGAAUGUGUUAAAUGGUGUGAAAGGAAAAAAAACUUAUGCUGGUUGGUUAAGAGUGUCAGAUACUUGGCUGUGCUGGUUGUAGCUUUGGCCUGCUAUGUUUUUCAGGGGAUUACUUGCUAAUCAUUUUUAGAUCUGAUAAAUAGCAUAGCCAUGCACCAAGUGAAAGGAAUCUACAGUUUAUUUUACCAUGAGGUAUGUUGAACUGGGAUUCUGACUAAGGUGUUUGAUCAAACUGUUGAGAUUGGACAUUUUAGCUGACUCUUGAAUGGUUUUAUUGAUACACAAGCCGGAAGAAAAGACAUUAAAAUCAUUUAAUAAUCACUAUAUUAUUCAAAUAUUCUUGUAACCUUUUUGUUUUUCUGAUACUUCAACCUUAGAAGUCUUAAUGGUGCUAGCUUGGACUUGAUGCUUUGUUUAUUUCUUCAUGGUUGAAGCCUUUGAACGUUGAGUGAUGGGCUACUGUCUGCUAUGUUGCCAGAAUAACAAAUAUGAGGGUGGUGAUUGUGUUUAGCAAAAGUGAGAUUUACUACAGUUACAGAGUUUUGUUAUUGUGGAAAAGAUAAAUUUUUGUGGUCCAGUGCUGUUAGAACUGUUGUUAUCAGUAGGGCUAUGGAUAUUUUAGAUUUUUUUAUUUUUCCCAAAGUAUGGGAUAUUGCAAUUUGAAUGCUCUUGUUAUCCAUUAUAUUACAGUCUUUCCUGGUUUUUCUACUUUGUUUGUUUAUGAAAUGUCUCUUUCGUAUAUUAGACAUCCAAAGCCCUAAAUUACCAUCUCAUUGACUAACUUCACAUCAUGUCCAAUUUUCAGUUCCCUUAAAAUGCCAUGUAUUGCAUCUUUGUAUUUAUGAUUGUCAGAUAUUUCUCAUGCCCUAACUGUACUUCGUUGCUUUUCAUUCAUCAAUAGGUAUGCAAUUCACAAGAGUCCAGUCUUUUGAACUCUGAAGCAAAGUCACCCUUGAAAUUUUACAUACCUCAGAGUGUUUUGGGAUUUAUUUGGUAUUGAACUCUGUUCUGCUUCCUGACAUUUUCUGCCUUAGUGGGCUCGAGUUCAGGACUGGAUUGGACUGGGUAGUCCAACAUAUCUACUCCAAUAAUUUAGCAUAGCAUGAAAGUUAAUGUUAAGGUACUCAUCAAAGAAAUAUUCUAGAUCCAUAAUUCCCAUGAAAUAAAAUAAGUGUUUGUGGCAUUUCAGAUGUGGGUUUGAUCUAGAUUGUUGAACUGUUACAUAGAAAUCUUCCUCUCGGUCUUGUUACAAAUCUUCAUAGUUGAUUCAAAGAAGACUAGAUGACUGUGGAUGAAGUAGGUAGUAGCUCUGAAUGGAGCAAAGAACAGGAUAAAGCAUUUGAAAAUGCCUUGGCAAUUCAUCCUGAGGAUGCUUCUGACCGAUGGGAGAAGAUCGCUGCUGAUGUACCAGGGAAAACGUUGGAAGAGAUUAAACGCCACUAUGAGCUCUUGGUUGAAGAUGUUAAUCAGAUUGAAUCUGGUUGUGUGCCUUUACCGUUAUAUAAUUCUUCUUCAGAGGGCUCAACAAGCCAUGCUAGUGAUGAAGGAGCUGGCAAGAAGGGAGGCCAUCAAUGGAAUGGUAACAGUGAAUCUAACCAUGGAACUAAGGCAUCAAAAUCAGAUCAGGAACGACGAAAGGGUAUUGCAUGGACAGAGGAUGAACACAGGCUAUUUCUUCUUGGCUUGGAUAAGUAUGGAAAAGGUGACUGGAGAAGUAUAUCGAGGAACUUCGUGGUGACAAGAACCCCUACACAAGUAGCAAGCCAUGCCCAAAAAUACUUCAUUCGUUUGAACUCAAUGAAUAAAGAUAGAAGGCGAUCCAGCAUACACGAUAUAACCAGUGUGAACAAUGGUGACAUUUCAGCACCUCAAGGACCAAUUACUGGUCAAACAAAUGGUUCUGCAGCAAAUUCUGCUGGAAAAUCAACCAAACCAUCCCCUCCAACCCCAACUGCUACCCCAGGUGUGGGAAUAUAUGCUGCUCCUACCAUUGGGCAACCUAUAGGAGGACCACUUGUAUCCGCAGUUGGCACUCCAGUGAAUCUUCCUACCUCGGCACACAUGGCAUAUGGUCUCGGGGCCCCAGUUCCCGGGACAGUAGUUCCAGGGGCACCAAUGAACUUGGCUCCUGUGCCAUACCCUAUGCCACAUACAUCUGCUCAUAGAUGAAGUUAUGUUCAGAGGUCUAAUGUACAAAAAAACAGGAACUUGGUGUAAUUCUUUUCUUAUUCUUAGCCAGUUGUUUUUGUGCAAGAAAGAGUUUAAUGCUCCAUCAAUUAUUUCAAAUAAGCUAUACCGUAAAGCAUUAGAACGUAUCUGCAUCGGCUGCCAUGGAAUAUCUUACAGCCUUUGACAUACGACAGCAUGAAAGUAAGGUUGUUUUGUAGACUUUUAAAUUGUUAUAGUUAAUCAUAUAAAUUGGUUCAUGCUGUAGAAGAAGGUUCUGUAGCUUUGAAUUGUUAAUUGUUGUAUUUUGGCUUUUGGUUUCUGACAUUCUGUAGGAACUAAAUUUCCCAUCUACCGUCGCUUAUUAUCAGGUAAGUUACUAUGAUUGACAUGAUAUAUUAUAGCAAAUUUUUGUUAACUUCUGCAAGUUGCAACAUAGCCAUCAAAUGUUCAAAUAAUUAAAUGGAAAAUUCUUCAAUUUGUAGUGGUG